ACAUACACUUGUGCUUGGGGCGUAGGUGGAACUAAAACUCUUGGCAUCAAUACGCUGGCUCUCUUCUUCCAGGUGGGCUUUCACACACCAGAGAGAUAAAGAACAGACGUGUCAUUGGUCAAUCAGACUGCAGAGUGGGUUUAAAAGGGCCUGCAGUGAACCUGAGCUCACACACCGACAUCAUCAUGAAGGCUUUCAUUCUUCUGGCCCUGUUCGCAGUGGCCUAUGCUGCUCCCAUUGAGGACGACAAAAUUGUUGGCGGCUACGAGUGCAGGAAGAAUGCUUUGCCGUACCAGGUUUCUCUGUCCUCUGGCUACCACUUCUGUGGAGCCUCCCUGAUCUCCAGCACCUGGGUGUUGUCUGCUGCUCACUGCUACAAGUCUCGUGUGCAGGUGCGUCUGGGUGAGCACAACAUUGCCGUCAGUGAGGGCACAGAGCAGUUCAUCAACUCUGCCAAGGUCAUCCGUCACCCCAGUUACAACAGCGGCAACCUGGACAAUGACAUCAUGCUGAUCAAGCUGAGCACCCCCGCCGCCCUGAACAGCUACGUCCGUGCUGUGUCUCUGCCCUCCAGCUGUGCCAGCUCUGGCACUCGCUGCCUGAUCUCUGGAUGGGGCAACACCAGCGGCUCUGGAAGCAACUACCCUGAUCGUCUGAGAUGCCUGGAUGCCCCCAUCCUGAGCGACAGCAGCUGCAGGUCCGCCUACCCUGGACAGAUCACCUCCAACAUGUUCUGUGCUGGAUUCCUCGAGGGAGGCAAGGACUCCUGCCAGGGAGACUCUGGUGGACCCGUGGUGUGCAACGGUCAGCUGCAGGGUGUGGUGUCCUGGGGUUAUGGCUGCGCCAUGAGGAACAAGCCCGGCGUGUACGCCAAGGUCUGCAACUACAACUCCUGGAUUCGCAACACCAUGUCCUCCAACUAAAGUCACUUCACAGUCAUUGGUUGAAAAUCAGAAAACUGUAUGCCCCUUUAAUAAAUAAACUUUGCAACAAUAA